UCACCUGGACCCGGCUCACCUGUGCCCGACCCGGCUCACCUGUGCCCGGCCCCGGCUCACCUGUCCUCCCUCCCUCCCUCGCUGUCGGGGCGAAGCUCCCGCGGCCGCUUCUCUCGGCACAAUGAGCGGCGCCGCGCUCCUCUACCUGCUGGCCGCACUUACAUCCUUGAAUGCAAUGAAUGUCAACGUGAAGGUCUCGCACAUGGAAAUAGCUCGAGGAGAUGCUUUACAUUUACAAUGUACCUAUCAAACCAUCGCAUCAACUAAAAACCAUCUUACCAUUGAAUGGAUUCUAGUCGAAGAAGUACCGAGUGAAGAACCAACGGUCGAUGUAAUCCAGUACUUCUACGGCGGAGUAUACAGCUUUGGAAAAAGGUACAAGGGCAGAGUAAAUUUUACAGGCGAUGCCAACGGGGAAGAUUGUUCAAUAGCGAUCCAGAAUGCGCAGAUAACUGACACUGGAACCUACGUGGUAGAAGUCACAUCACGUGAUGACUUGGUUGGCACUCGGAAAGAAACAGUGGAUGUGAUUGUAUUGGUUCCUCCAACGCCGCCCGUUUGCAAAAUAGAGGGCAAAGCAGAAUAUGGGGAGACUGUCAAACUGAUGUGCCACUCGGAGGAAGGGUCGCCUACCCCAGUGUACACCUGGCAAAACUACAGCCCCAUGAAUCAGCCACGGCAAAUGCCUCAAAUGUCCAUUCAGGAGUCAGAUGGUUUAACAUUAAAAAAUAUUUCAGCCAAGACAUCUGGCUUCUUCAUUUGUACCUCGAAAAAUAAGAUCAGAGCUGCGUCCUGCAAUAUCACCUUAGCAGUAAUGCCACCAUCCAUGAACAUUGCAUUUUAUGGUGGAAUUAUUGGGGGCGCAGUGGGUGUGCUGAUUAUCCUUGGCAUCAUCGUUUACUGCUGCUGUUGCCGAGGUGAAGAAAAAUUACCCGAAGACUAUGAAAUGGAGGAUCCACGCUAUGAGGAAGAGGAGCCAGCGGAGGGAUAUCCCAAAAGGGAUGAUAAUGCGAGAACCUACCGUGAGGAUGAUCCAAACGAGAAUGCUGGCAGGAACUCUCCGCGUACCACCGUCAGACAGCCACUGGUGCCACCCAAUAAACCCACAUUCGUCCCAGAUGACAAUGAAGUGUAAAAUCUAAGGCUGUUCUUCAAUUAUCUUUAGUUCAAUGGGUGACAUAAUUUGUGUCGUGAAAUUUCAAAUCAAUUGAGUUAUGGGGUGGCUUCAGUUAAUACUAAGGCGAUUACAUUUAAGUAGGAGAGCCAUUUAAAAAAUAUAUUCUUUUGUAUAGGUUUUGCCAUUGGCAUCCAAAUACUGCUUCAGAUUUUGAUUUAUUCUUAAAAGUGCAGCAUUUACUUUUAGCAUGUUGAAUCCAGCAGCAUAUCCUGCUAUUUCUAAACAAUCAUCGCUUUCCUGUUUAAAAAAUAUCCAAAUGUUGCAUGUUGAAUAUUUUUACCUAAUAUUAAUUUUUCAUGUUUUAUGAUCCUCUAAGUCAAAGAUAUCAUUCCUUUCGAGUUUGGUUGUUAAAGGCUUCUCUUUAUUGAUGAUAUGUGGGCUCACAAAAGUUCAAAGAAAUGCUUUGAGUUUCAGUUCGAUGAAAGCAGAACAGGAAAUGUGUUCCAAACCAGUCGGUGUUCAGAUAGGAGAAACUCAGCGGGUGAAACCACCACCACCACCCAACUUUAGGCUGUGCACGCCAUAGGCAAGAAGACGACCGUCGUAGCAAAGACACAGUCCGAAGAAUGGUCCCGAUGUGAAAGUACGCCUGUCCAUUCCUUCCACAGAUGCUGCCUGACCCGCUGAGUGUCUCCAGCAGUUUGUGUCUUGCUCUAGGUGAAUGAUGUGCUACACACUCAGUGGGCUGAACAUUUCCCCCUGCUGUAUUAUCCAAAGAAAAUAACUAGAUGACAGCUAGUCAAUUGUUUUCUUAUCUCAUUGUGGUAUUACUGAUUAUUUCUUCAUUGUGACUACAAUAAUCGUAAUUACAAACAAGACAUAUUAACCACUUAACACAAACCGUUUAUUAACAAUUCCUGGCUUCCUACCUAAACAUUUUUUAUUUUACCAUUUUCUGAAUACUUUGACAAUUCUGUAAAUUUUAGGGUGGAGCGGGACAGGCAGCUAGCUAUAUGGCAUUUGCAGGGCUUGGAAAUGUUCGAGUGGCCAGAUUGAUCUUGGAGUAUUUAAGCCCCUGUCCCACUUGGGCGCGACCUCUGGCGAGUUUGCCCCAGACCCAUAGUCGUGGCAAGGUCGCCACAAGGUCAUAGGAGGUCUUUGUCACUCUCCUUCACGGUCGAGAGUGGUCUAAAUGUAGUCGAGGCUUCAGCUAGGUGGCGGCGUAUUUUUCAAAAUGUUAAAAACUGACCGUGACUAAAAAUAGGUCGCCGUGGGAAAAAUCUAUAUUUUUUUAGUCGCAGGUCUAGUCAAAGCCGGUCGUAGUAGGUCGUGAUGCUAGUCGAAGGUGGGCGAAGGUAGUCAAAGGUAAUAGCUCCGGGAUGAAAAAAAGGUCAGUGAAAAAGGUCAUUUAAACAGCAGAACGUCACCUCUUUCACUCCAGGACAUGUUCAUUCAUAGCUGGAGAGUUUUUUGGAGAGGAGACUUGUGUUUCCAUGAUGGCACCAAAAAGGCAGCAUAUCUGCCAUGCAGGUAUUGCCCACCCAGGAGGAGUGGCAGGAGAUGAUGCCACAGGAGGUGAUAGUGCAGGAGGCGGUAGCCCUGCUUGAGAGACCCCUGGAGGACGAGACCAGGGUGGGAGUAUAUGUUCCCACCACUACCCCAUCCUUCACUGCCUCAUUUGAAGGCACCAGAGCAGCCCUUUCUCCUGUGUCUGACACAGCAUCAGAGGCAGAUGCCCCAUUGGUGGUGAGGGAAGGCUGGAGGAAGGUUAUGCCCUACACCUUCACCAGGCAGCAGGAGGGGGACCUUGAGGAAUGGUUGCAGCAGAAUGCCAUCCUGUACGAUAAGGAAAAUGAGGGGUACAGGGACAGAGACAAGAAUGGCAUGCUUGCCAUCCACAGCCCCACAUGUGUGCUUAAAGUUCCAUCUUUUGUCAAAGCCCAGCGCCACUCUCUUCCAGUCAUCUGGUGUACUGGGACAGUCCAUCACAUCAUCUCCAUUCACCCAUUGAGACCUCUUCUUGUGCUUCCUCAUCAUUCUUGCACUUCCCCUUCUGCCUUUCUCAAAAGGCUGCUGAAGCAAAAGGGCGACUGCAAACAGCAGUAGUUGCAUUUUUACUAACAUCCUCCAAACUAGUUCCUUCCUUGCUUGCUUGUUUGUUUCAGAAUGAUUAAAAAACCUGGGAGGAAUUUUUUAGCGAGAAAAAAAAAUGCAGACAUGACAUCAAUUUAUAAUGUGAUCAUUUGAGCUGUAGACACUCAUCACUGGUCGUUGUUGGUUUUCGGUGUGGUCCUCUGAAGUGGAAGGGGGCCGUGCUCAUUCACGGACCAAUUUGCCAGAGACCAUCCUCGAGUAAAACGUACAUGGUCGAAGCCAGUCUUCUUCAUAGUCGAGGGAGGUCUUCAACAUAGUCGUAGGAGGUUGUGCACAGUCGAGGAAGGUCGUAGGUCACUGUGACCUUGACUUUUUUUUAAAAGUCGCUUAAGGUCGCGGUGGAGAUCUCCUAAGUGGGACAGGCCCUUUACAUUGCAUGCCCCCAGUUGAAAUUUCAUUGAUUGUGAGCAACUUAGACUCAAGCCAUCAGGUUGUACAAGGAUAGAAAAGGCAGUGAUUGAAAUUAAUUGAAUGAAGAGUUUGUGAUCUCAAACCACAAGCAAAAAUCGGUAAAGUCCCAACUGUGACAAGGUUUCUAUUGGUGUUUGUGCUUUCUAUACUAUACGCAAGAGCUUUUUAAAAAAAAAAAAAUUGAAAUUAGUUUGACUUGCUUAAGAGUAAAAUGAAUUGUAACUUUGAAUUCAAUAAGUAGUAAACGGAAUGAAACUUUGUGAUAUGGCAACUUUAUGCAUUUGUUUUUUAAAUUUUUUUCUAUCUAUUAAAAGGGCUGUUGGUGAAA